AUGUCUAAAAUUGAGUGUGAUAUCCUGGAAAAACCGUUAGAUAGUAAAAAUAUGAUCGAAUAUGUUCUCCCGGAGUACACCCCUACACGAAGGCAGACGCUGCUAAAAUACUUCCGCAUCAAUCCGGGUUUCCUCGCGAACCCGGUCAACUACCCGCGCACCCUCAAUCUCAUCGCCAACGACCUGGCGGAACCGAACUUCCAGCCGUCCUUCCCGGAAAUACUCGAAGCCAUCGAACGCUGGAAGGCUUGGGUGGCGCUACAGCAGACGGAACCCACUCGGCCACCGGAUCGGGAACUGAAACGGCUGCUGGAGGCGCUCGAGUCGCGCCUAACGCAUAGUCAAAUCACGCUGAUGCUGCAACACAUGGAAGUGGUGGGGGGCGAUGCGGACGGACUGUGGGCCACCAUUGCGGUGGAGAUGCGCGCUUUGAAGUAUCCUCCCCGACCGGAGAUUUAUUGGCGGCGGGGGUUCGAGGAGUGGUGCCAGGAAGCGCGGGAUCGCUUCCGGGAGGAUCCGGAUGCGCUGACGGCACUGCAGCAGCGGUAUAUUGACUAUGCGAGGGAGCGAGGCGAGCUGGAUGAGGAAGUGGCUUGGAUAGAGGUGGACGCCUUGGAGCUGGUGCUGAACCACUGCCGGACGUGUUUGGGAAUGCUGAGGGCGGCCGACCCGAAGGCGUAUCUGUUUGAACCGGGCGGAAUGGGCACGACACUGGCCGAUAAGAUCAAUGUUUGCUUCGGGACGGGGAUCGAUCUGGAGGAACGACUGCCGAAGUACGUUUGCCGGAAGUGUGUGGAGAAGGUGGAGGAAGCUUAUGCGUUGAAGAUGCAGAUCGAUCGCACCGAUGAGGAGCUGAAGAGUUUGAUUGGGGAGUACCAGAAGCGGGAAACGGCGCGUAGUAAUGUGAAGAAUGAACAUCGGGAAGCAGACACGACGGAAACGACCGUCCAGACGCUGCAGGAUGCAAGUCCGCUGGAAGUGAUACAGGAAAAAGAACAACAGUUAAGUGAACAGUUGGAAGUCCCAGAAGAGGAAGUCGAACAUUUGGAAGGAGUCGUUGACGCGGAGCACGAUGUUAAAUAUAGCUGGCAAGUGAUAAGUGAUUCGGAACAGAUGAUUGUUGAGCAGGUGGAGGAGCACGAGGAAGAGCAUAUUGAUGUCAGCGAAGCAGUACAAGAAGAAGUGGAGUCUUACGACGACGUGAUGGUGGCAACGGAAGCAGAUUACCUGGAAGACGACAUAGAGGAACAGUACGUUGAAGAGGAAACGGAACAAAAAGCUUUCACCCCUCAUCAAAAACUCUCACUGGAUGUGAAAGUGAAACGCCAAAUUGUCCCCGACCUCAGCCACAAUUUCUACCAAUGUCCCGAGUGUCGAAUAGUACUGCGAUCGCACGAGCUCUGGGAGACACACACAGCACGCCAUGCUUCGGAAAAACGAUACACGUGCGAGGUGUGCUCCAAGCAGUUCCGUUCUUCGUCAACGUUGAGAAUUCACCAGCGAACCCAUACCAACGAGCGACCCUACGUUUGCGAGAUCUGUAACAAAAGCUUUGUUCAAAGUACAAACCUAGUCUAUCACAUGAAUGUCCACCAGAACAUUCGAAAUUACCCGUGCGAUCAGUGUUCGUACAAAGCUCGCAACAAGAACGACCUGAAUCUCCACAAGCGCACUCAUUCGGGUGCUCGUCCGUACAUUUGCGAGUACUGUGAAUGUACCUUCACCACCUCUAGCAAUCUGAGCAAGCACAUCAAGCGACGGCACAUAGGCGAGAAAAACUUUAAGGUGUGCAGCAAGGCGUUCCGAACGCACAGCCAAAUUAAGGCUCACGGUUUCGUGCACGACCGGAACAAUCGCCCGAUGAAGUGCGAACGGUGUCCCUAUCGGACCAGCACCAAGUCGUCACUGUCCAUCCAUAUGAAGUCGCACGUGACCACCCGGCCGUACGUCUGUCCGCACUGCAAGAUGGGCUUCCGCACGUCCAGCAAUAUGCACAAACACGUUCGAAACACACACGAAGGGCAGCGGCCUUUCAAGGUAUCUUGGAAUUUCUGUGCGGUUUCCCCGAGGGGUACACCGCGAUGGGCGUUGUUACCCCGAGGGGUACACACCAAAUAUGAUAAUCUGUAUUGA